CUCUACCAGCCCAGUUAUCCCUGACACUCUGUUUCCCAGCAGGCUCGGUGUUCAGCGUGUACUAUGGAGCUUCACGUCGCAGAGCUGAAGGAGAAGAUUGAGGACGCAUUGUGUCCUUUUGGUUUCGAAGUUUACCCCUUCCAGGUGGCAUGGUACAAUGAACUCGUGCCUCCAGCCUUCCAUUUGCCCCUCCCAGGACCUACCCUGGCCUUCCUUGUACUUAGUACACCUGCCAUGUUUGACCAAGCCCUCAAGCCCUUCUUGCAGAGCUGCCACAUACAACCUCUGACAGACCCUGUGGAUCAAUGUGUGUCCUACCACCUGAAGCGUGUUACAGAGAAGUUUCCAGAGCUGCAAAUUGAAUUCAUUGCUGACUAUGAGGUACACCCCAACCGGCGCCCUAAGAUACUUGCCCAGACUGCAGCCCAUGUGGCAGGGGCUGCUUACUACUAUCAACGAAAAGAUGUGGAGGCUGACCCAUGGGGAACCCAGCGCAUAGCAGGUGUAUGCAUACAUCCCCGAUUUGGGGGCUGGUUUGCCAUUCGAGGAGUGAUGUUGCUGCCAGGAAUUGAAGUGCCAGAUCUGCCACAAAGAAAGCCCCCUGACUGUGUACCUACAAGAGCUGAUCGCAUCACUCUGCUCGAAGGCUUCAAUUUCCAUUGGCGUGACUGGACCUACAGGGAUGCUGUGACAGCUGAGGAGCGUUACUCAGAGGAACAGAAGGCCUAUUUUUCCACACCACCUGCCCAACGUUUGGCCCUGUUAGGCUUAACCCAACCCUCAGACACACCAAGCACAUCCUCUGAGCAUCCUCUUACCACACUCAACAACCCUGAGAAUCCCAGCAAAGCACAAGGCUGGCUCAGCCCCAGUGUCUCACCACCUGUGUCCCCUAGCCCUUGAUACCUUCUCAUCCUUAUGGAAUCCAACUUAUGGUGGUAGGAAUAACUGGUUUUGACAAAGCAAGUUUUAUUUUGGGUACAACUCCUUGAUAAUAGAUCUUCAAUGAAGCCGGGCGGUGGCACACGCCUUUAAUCCCAGCAAUCGGGAGGAAGAGAUAGGAGGAUCACCGUGAAUUCGAGACCACCCUGAGACUCCAUAGUGAAUUCCAGGUCAGCCUGGGCUAGAGUGAGACCCUACCCUCAAAAAAAAAAAAGCCCAAAACUAAGAUCUUCUAUGAGCAUAAGUCUUAUAUUGCAUUUGUCAAGACAAGUCAAAUACAAAGGAAGAUCCAGAAAUCAUCAUUUGUCUUGGCAUAUUAGACUUUUCUGGCCUUGAACUCACAGUAGAUCCUUUUACCUUAGCCUCCCAAAUGCUGGGAUUAAAGGCAUGUGCCACGCCCAGUAGAAUAUUGGACUUCUUGCCUGUUAGCAUUUGAAGUACUCUAAGGUACUAUUUAUUAGAGGACCAGAAGUAGUGCCCACCACAUAAGGCUGAAAUACCUAAUACUUAGGUGAUACUAUGUACUUCCUACUGAAUGUCUAAGGAUCAUACUGCUCAUAGAACUGGAAUGGCCACUUGUAGUGUUUUAUUACUGAUGCACCAUUACAACUAGACAUUUCAGUUCUUUUACAGAAACUAGAUUAUCCUAAGAUGCCAAAAUUCUGGUCCCAUGCAACCCUCCCAGAAAAUAGCAAUGACCAAGUAACUUUCUGAGACAGGAUCUCACUCUCUAGCCAAAGCUGACCUGGAAGCCACUAUGUAGUCUCAAGAUGGAUCCAAACGCAUAGUGAUCCACCUACCUCUGCCUCUCCUGUGCUAGGAUUAAAGGCAUGUGCCACCACAUCCCACAUGAAGCAGGGUUUUGAUUCAAGGUUAUCUAUUUCCACACCUGGCUCAAGUAACUUCUCCUCUCCUCUCCUCUCCCCAGCUGGAGUAGAUAGUAUCUGCUUAUGAGAAUAAGCUUUUGAAUCAUUUCUAUAGUCACAUGUAUGUCAUGUAUUUGUGCAAUUCAAAUUGCAAACUAUCUUUUGAUUUA